UAGUUCCAGUUGUUAGCGGGAGAUUUGAAUUAGAUUUUGAAAUAUUAUAUCUCACCUGAUGGUAAGUGAUGAUGCAAUCUAAGAUGGAAGAGGGCUCAUUGGUUAGGCGUAGGAUGAAUAAGGGUUCCGUUUAUGUACUACGUACGUUCGGAACCCUAAAAAUCACACCCAUAUCGGUUUCUACAAAUCGCUGCUAAAUCGCUUAAUUCCGUCAUUGCCGGUAGGGUGUCAACUAGCCACGGACGAAGCCUCCCACCAGCCAGCCCAGCAAUUAAGAAAACCUCUAUCGGCUCAGCCGGGGAUCGAAUCCAGGACCUCCGUCUUGUAAAUCCACUGCACAUACCACUUGCCACGGAGGCUUGAUAAUGAUGACUAAUAUCUACCUAUCGUUUGGUAGUGUCGUCACCUUUAGUGCCUACAGACAUUAAAAUCAACAAUUCAUUAGAAUCGCAUAAUGAACACACAUUAAAAAUGGAUUACGCGUUGGUACAAUAACUUAAUAGUGAUAUUAAAAUAUCAUGUAAAUUAAUGUUUUCAAAAGAGUUACAUUAUUUUUUUUCUAUCAAUUCAACCUGGGCCACUGGAUGUCAUUUAGAUAAAAAUAUGUCGAAAUUAUUUCGUGGUUUUAUCAUAUAUUCUGCUUUUGCAAUUUUUGUUACAUAUUGUGGAGUGCACUUCAUUCCCGAGAGAGUUAAAGUCGUCUACAUAAAUGACAAAUAUUACCACAACUACACGUAUUCUGUUAAAAGAUACGGUCGGAACAGUAGCUACUACAUCAAUAUGGAGGCUACGCUAAAGGAAGAAUGGAAUAACAACGUUACCGUAAACUUAAUAUUCAACGAGUUUCUGCACAAUACGUACAGGCGUUCGUUCAUAGAGCUCCAUCACAAGUUUUGCGAUUUGCUGAAGGACGAAAAGUUUUACGCGCCGACGAUCUUGGAAUAUGGAAUAAAGUGUCCUCUGGUACCCGGCACGUAUCGUCUAAUGAAUCUAACGAUACCGCUGGCCGAGUUUCCGAGCGUGUUCCCAUUCGAGCGCGCGCGCGUCGACAUCGAGUCCACAGUGAGCGACACCGGCGAGCUCAUGUCCAAGGUGUACCUCUACUGCUCCUUCAAAAACAUCAGGGCUUAGUGGAUUUCAGAUAGCAUGGUGCGCGUGACAGUUAGUUUCGCAUUAAAAGUUGGCAUUGUGGACGUCAUAGCAACUGACACCGUACCCAUGCUAUCUGAAAAACACUUUAAUAGCGGAGUGCAAUUAAGUUUAUAACUCAGAACCCAGUAACUAAAACCUAUUAAAAUUUCCCGCAAAUUUUCGUUUUGAUUUCUCAGAAUUCACUAGUGCGAAUCGGUAAAAAUGUUUUAUGAAAUCUACUGUUAAAUGCUGCCAUUUCAUUCAAAUCGGCUAAGCCGUCCCAAUGUUAUAGAGGGUUACAUUUACACACAUGUUUUAAGUAUACAAAUGAAUUAAAAAGGAAUCAUUACAAUCCAUUUAUUAUAUGGGUUCUGUUAUUUUUCAUGUAUAGUUUCAAAUUGCACUUGACUAAAUCACAUACAUUAUGAUAAGACUCGAAAUAAAAAAAAAAAAACAAAAUGAAUCAAAAUAUAAGUUUAUUCAAUACAAACUGCUCACAAUUCACUCUGUCAUAAAUGGUACAAAAUAUCACAAAUCCAUCGGUAACCUUAAACUGGAAGCUAUAGUAUAACUAUUCACAAUUAUUCAUAAAGGCCCAUUCACACUACGAUAUCACAGCGCAAAUGACGAUCCGGCGCGUGCGUUUGCGUUGUCGGGUCGUAAUUGUAUUUCAUAAUGAACACAUUGUAUAGCUGAGCGAAACGGUAUCACAAAAAAGACGUUAUUUUAAUAUUAUGGAAUCGGAAAGCCUAAAAAUACGCAUAUAAUAACCCCAACCAACACAUCAAAAAACCCUGUUAUAGGUUUUUUAAAUAACGUUUUUUAAAUAAAGAUAGGUGUAGGUAUAUCUAUGCAAAAUCCGAGAUUCACGAGACAUUCAGGGUGAGGCCAAACAAGCGUAAUUUCGGUCGCAGAAAUUCGCGUGUAAGUCGGAACACAACUCAUUUUGCGACGCCCUGGGCCAGGAAUUUUGUAUGAAACCGAAUGCAGCAGAAAUUAGGCGACCGAAAUUACGCGCCUUACAACUGCACCUCACAAAAUUACACUCGUUUCUCUUAAUGAGAGAAAGAUCAACGCGCCCGCUUGCACUCGGGAGAUAUUAAAACGCCGCCGUUUCUGUAAUAUACAAUACCACAGAACGCUUAAGAGUGUAAGUGUAAAAAAUUAACGAACGCAAACAGCUAUGUUUUCUUCACAUAAAUCAGGUUUACGUCCUUAUUAAUAUUAACUGACAGACUUGACUCAUCAUAACUCAAAAGUAAACUUUUUUAACUUAAUUUAGUAUGAUACGCUGGACGUGCUUCUUUUUU